AUGGAUUCCAUGGGGCACGGCGGCAUGUCAGGCAUGGGCGGCGGCUCUCCGGCGAGCAAUAUGACGACGAUGAUGCAGCAUCCGACGAAGAAGAUGAUGAUGCACAUGACUUUCUUUUGGGGGAAGAACAUGGAGAUGCUGUUCGCCGGCUGGCCUGGAUCUCGCACCGGGAUGUACGCGCUCGCCUUGGUCUUCAUCUUCUUCCUCUCUUUCCUCGUCGAGGGCCUCUCCCACUCUCGAUUCGUCAAGCCGUCCGGGCCCAACUCGUCCUCCUCCUCCGUGGGCCUGGCCCAGACCCUAGCCCACACGGUUCGGGUCGGGCUGGGCUACCUGGUGAUGCUGGCGGUCAUGUCUUUCAACGGCGGCGUGUUCCUGGCCGCCGUGGCCGGACACUCGCUGGGGUUCUUGCUGUUCCGGAGUAGGGUUUUCAAGAAACCUGAUGAUCAGCCUCCUGCUAAAACAGUUGCUGCUCUCCCUCUCCACCAUUAA